AAACCGUAAGCCCGUAUGCAAUAGUGGUCGCAGUUCGACCAUUUGAUCUAGGCAUUCCCACGCGGUAUUCUUGCAACACGGCAGCCCGGCUCGCUAUCCCCCGUUCGAACCCUGUGUUGCCCUUUGCACCAUUUCCGUACACUGACAUCCAUUUUCCCCGCUACAAUGGCCGACUUCGACAUAGAGAAGAAGCCGAGUAUGGUGAAGCCAGGAUCCAGCAGUGAGAAUGCGUCAGGAAAUGAUGAUUCUGACGCACUCAGGCUGGCCGAGAUGGGUUAUACCCAGGAUUUGCAGCGCAACUUCUCAAUUAUCUCGCUUAUUGGCAUUGCGUUCUGUAUGUCCAACUCCUGGUUCGGUAUCUCCGCAUCAUUGAUCACCGGUAUCAGUUCUGGUGGAACAGUCCUCAUCGUCUACGGGUUGAUCUGGAUUGGUUUCAUUUCAACUUGUGUGGGUGCCUCACUGUCAGAACUGGCCAGCGCCAUGCCCAAUGCCGGUGGGCAAUAUUUCUGGGCCAAUGAACUUGCGCCUAAGAAAUACGCCCGCUUUGCAUCCUACUUUACCGGCUGGUUCGGGUAUGCUGGUGCCAUUUUUGCCUGUGCUAGUGUUGCACUCAGCCUUGGAUCCGCUGGAGUAGGAAUGUGGCAACUUGGCCAUCCUGAAUUUGUUCCAAAGCCAUGGCAUACUGUGGUGGCAUAUCAGCUCAUAAACUUCUUUUGUUACCUCUUCAACUGCUGGGGCAAAUCUCUGCCGGCAGUUGCAAAGGUCACGUUAUACAUUUCGCUGCUUUCCUUUUUCGUGAUCCUGGUCACUGUGCCUGCCUGCGCCAAGACUCAUGCCAGUGGAGCAUAUGUGUUUGGUCAUUUCGUCAACUCGACUGGAUGGGAGUCAGACGGCAUGGCAUUCAUCGUUGGCCUGAUCAAUCCCAACUGGAUUUUUGCCUGCUUGGACUCGGCGACUCAUCUUGCAGAGGAAGUGCCACAGCCCGAGAGAAACAUCCCCAUUGCUAUUAUGUCCACAGUUGCUAUUGGUUUCACCACGGCCUGGUUCUACUGUAUCUCCAUGUUCUUCAGUCUUAGUGACCUGAACAAGCUCCUCAACACAGCCACCGGAGUCCCUAUCCUGGAGCUUUACUAUCAAGCACUUGACAAUGUGCCCGGCGCCAUUGUCUUAGAGACAUUGUUGCUGGUCACUGGAAUGGGAUGUCUGAUUGCGUGUCACACCUGGCAGUCUCGCCUCUGCUGGGCGUUUGCUCGUGACCGUGGUAUCCCCGGACAUAAGUGGCUCUCUCAGGUCAAUCAUACCCUCGAUGUGCCGUUGCACGCCCACAAUGUCAGCUGCUUUAUUGUUGGCGUCCUCGGACUGCUCUACCUCGGUUCCUCCACGGCUUUCAACAGUAUGGUGACCGCGUGCAUCACUCUGUUGUACAUAUCGUAUUCGUGCCCCAUCCUUUGCCUCUGGUAUCGCGGUCGUAAUAACAUUAAGCACGGUCCUUUCUGGCUUGGAAAGUGGGGUCUCUUCUGCAACAUCGUUACCAUCGCGUGGACCGCUUUCUGUCUCGUUAUGUACUCCUUCCCAUCAACGAUGCCGGUGCACACAGGCAACAUGAACUAUGUCUCAGCUGUAUACGGUGUCGUGGUCUUCAUUGUCCUGUGCGACUGGUUCGCUCGAGGCAGACGUUCGUACAAAGGCAGUGUCAGCUGCGUCGAAGGUGACAGUGCAUCCGAGUAAAGGCGGACAUUGAUUGUCCCGCACUUCGCUUCUUCAUUCCUCUAUUCUGAACAUAUAUUAUUUUUUGUGAUUUGAAAGCGUUUUCCCAUCAGUUAUGAAUGAUUCGGUCACAGUGAAGC